AUGGCCGCCGCCGGCGCCCGGCAGCGCAGCCCCGGCCCCGGCUGGGGGUUCCGGGGACGGCCGAGGCUCCGCUUCCACCCGGGGCCGCCGCCGCCGCCGCCGCCGCCGCCACCGCCGCCGCCGCCGCCGCGGAUGCUGCUGAUGUUUCUGCUGCUGCUGCCGCCGCCGCCGCUGCUGGCCGGCGCCGCCGCCGCCGCCGCCUCGCGGGAGCCCGACAGUCCCUGCCGGCUCAAGACCGUGACGGUGUCCACGCUGCCCGCCCUGCGGGACAGCGACAUCGGCUGGAGCGGCGCCCGCCCCGGGGCCGGGACCGGGGCUGGGACCGGGGCUGGAGCGGCCGCCGCCGCCGCCGCCGCGUCCCCGGGCUCCCCGGGCUCCCCGGGCUCCGCCGCCGCCGCCGCCGCCGAGUCGCGCCUCCUGCUCUUUGUGCGUAACGAGCUGCCCGGGCGCAUCGCCGUGCAGGAUGACCUGGACAACACCGAACUGCCCUUCUUCACCCUGGAGAUGUCUGGCACAGCGGCGGAUAUCUCACUGGUGCACUGGAGACAGCAGUGGCUGGAAAACGGCACAUUGUACUUCCACGUCUCCAUGAGCAGUUCUGGGCAACUGGCCCGGGCCACUGCCCCCACACUCCAGGAGCCCUCCGAGAUUGUAGAGGAGCAGAUGCACAUCCUCCACAUUUCUGUGAUGGGUGGCCUGAUCGCUCUGUUGCUGCUGCUGCUGGUGUUCACCGUGGCUCUGUACGCCCAGCGGCGCUGGCAGAAACGCCGCCGCAUCCCGCAGAAGAGCGCCAGCACAGAAGCCACGCACGAGAUCCACUACAUCCCAUCGGUGCUACUGGGUCCCCAGGCCCGGGAGAGCUUCCGCUCCUCCCGGCUGCAGGCGCACAACUCCGUCAUCGGGGUACCGAUUCGGGAGACCCCCAUCCUGGAUGAUUACGACUACGAGGAGGAAGAGGAGCCACCCCGAAGGUCCAACCACGUCUCCCGUGAGGAAGAAUUCGACAGCCAGGUGACCCACACCCUGGAUACUUUGGGCCGGGCAGGAGAGGAGAAGUUGGACUUUGAGAAGAAGGCAGCAGCUGAGGCGACGCAGGAGACCGUGGAGUCCCUGAUGCAGAAGUUCAAGGAGAGUUUCCGCGCUAACACUCCCAUCGAGAUCGGCCAGCUGCAGCCAGCCCCACGCAGCGUGUCUGCAGGGAAGCGGAAGCGGAGGAGCAAGUCUCGAGGGGGAAUCAGCUUUGGAAGAACCAAGGGGACCUCGGGUUCUGAGGCAGAUGAUGAAACCCAGCUAACUUUCUACACGGAACAGUACCGAAGUCGACGUCGCAGCAAAGGUUUACUGAAAAGCCCUGUGAACAAGACCGCCCUGACUCUGAUUGCUGUGAGCUCCUGCAUCCUGGCCAUGGUGUGUGGCACACAGAUGUCCUGUCCACUUACUGUGAAGGUGACCCUUCAUGUGCCAGAGCACUUCAUUGCGGACGGGAGCAGCUUCGUGGUGAGUGAAGGGAGCUACCUGGACAUAUCCGACUGGCUGAACCCAGCUAAACUGUCCCUGUAUUAUCAGAUCAACGCCACCUCUCCAUGGGUGAGGGACCUCUGUGGGCAGAGGACAACCGAUGCCUGUGAACAGCUCUGUGACCCAGAAACCGGAGAAUGCAGCUGUCAUGAAGGCUUCGCCCCAGACCCUGUUCACAGACACCUGUGUGUGCGCAAUGACUGGGGCCAGAGUGAAGGACCUUGGCCUUAUACUACCCUGGAAAGGGGCUAUGAUUUGGUGACAGGAGAGCAGGCCCCUGAAAAGAUCCUCAGGUCUACUUUCAGCUUGGGCCAAGGCCUCUGGCUUCCUGUGAGCAAAAGCUUUGUGGUUCCACCGGUGGAGCUGUCCAUCAACCCCCUGGCUAGCUGCAAGACGGACGUGCUCGUCACAGAAGACCCCGCUGAUGUCAGGGAAGAAGCGAUGCUGUCCACAUACUUUGAAACCAUCAAUGACCUGCUGUCUUCCUUCGGGCCAGUCCGUGACUGCGCUCGGAACAAUGGGGGCUGCACUCGCAACUUCAAGUGCGUGUCUGAUCGCCAGGUGGACUCCUCGGGAUGUGUGUGUCCGGAGGAGCUGAGACCCAUGAAGGACGGUUCAGGCUGCUAUGAUCACUCCAAGGGCAUCGACUGCUCUGACGGCUUUAAUGGUGGCUGUGAGCAGCUGUGCCUGCAGCAGACGCUGCCUUUGCCCUAUGAUGCCAGUUCCAGCACCAUCUUCAUGUUCUGCGGCUGUGUGGAGGAGUACAAGCUGGCUCCAGAUGGGAAAUCCUGCCUAAUGCUCUCAGAUGUUUGUGAAGGCCCCAAGUGUCUCAAACCCGACUCUAAAUUCAACGACACACUCUUUGGAGAGAUGCUACAUGGUUACAACAACCGGACCCAGCAUGUGAACCAAGGACAAGUGUUCCAGAUGACCUUCAGGGAGAACAACUUCAUCAAAGACUUUCCCCAGUUGGCUGAUGGGCUGCUGGUGAUCCCACUGCCAGUGGAAGAGCAAUGUCGGGGGGUCCUCUCCGAGCCGCUCCCGGACCUCCAGCUGCUCACUGGAGACAUCAGGUAUGAUGAAGCCAUGGGCUACCCCAUGGUGCAGCGCUGGCGGGUACGGAGCAACCUCUACCGUGUGAAGCUGAGCACCAUCACUCUCUCGGCAGGCUUCACCAACGUUCUCAAGAUCCUGACCAAAGAGAGCAGUCGAGAUGAGCUGCUGUCCUUCAUCCAACACUACGGCUCCCACUAUAUCGCUGAGGCCCUGUACGGCUCAGAGCUCACGUGCAUCAUCCACUUCCCCAGCAAGAAGGUUCAGCAGCAGCUGUGGCUCCAGUAUCAGAAAGAGACCACAGAGCUGGGCAGCAAGAAAGAGCUCAAGUCCAUGCCCUUCAUCACCUACCUCUCAGGUCUGCUGACAGCCCAGAUGCUAUCAGAUGACCAACUUAUCUCAGGUGUGGAAAUUCGCUGCGAGGAGAAAGGCCGCUGUCCCUCUACCUGCCACCUUUGCCGCCGGCCUGGCAAGGAGCAACUGAGCCCCACACCAGUGCUGCUGGAGAUCAACCGUGUGAUACCACUCUACACCCUCAUCCAAGACAAUGGCACCAAGGAGGCCUUCAAGAGUGCCCUGAUGAGUUCCUACUGGUGCUCGGGCAAAGGGGACGUGAUUGACGACUGGUGCAGGUGUGACCUCAGUGCCUUUGAUGCCAGUGGGCUUCCCAACUGUAGCCCUCUCCCACAGCCGGUGUUGCGGCUGUCCCCAUCCGUAGAGCCCUCCAGCACUGUGGUCUCCUUGGAAUGGGUAGAUGUCCAGCCAGCUAUUGGGACCAAAGUCUCUGACUACAUCCUGCAGCACAAGAAGGUGGACGAGUACACAGACACUGACCUCUACACAGGAGAAUUCCUGAGUUUUGCUGAUGACUUACUCUCUGGCCUGGGUACAUCUUGCGUUGCUGCUGGUCGAAGCCAUGGAGAGGUCCCUGAAGUCAAUAUCUACUCGGUCAUCUUCAAGUGCCUGGAGCCUGAUGGUCUCUACAAGUUCACUCUGUAUGCUGUGGACACACGGGGGAGGCACUCUGAGCUCAGCACAGUGACCCUGCGGACGGCCUGUCCACUGGUGGAUGACAACAAGGCAGAAGAGAUAGCUGACAAGAUCUACAAUCUGUACAAUGGGUACACAAGCGGGAAGGAGCAACAGACUGCCUACAACACCCUGAUGGAAGUCUCAGCCUCCAUGCUUUUCCGAGUCCAACACCAUUACAACUCUCACUAUGAAAAGUUUGGUGACUUUGUCUGGAGGAGUGAGGAUGAGCUAGGGCCCAGGAAGGCCCACCUGAUCCUGCGGCGGCUGGAGAGAGUGAGCAGCCACUGUUCCAGCCUCCUGCGGAGCCCCUACAUCCAGAGCCGAGUAGACACCGUGCCCUACCUUUUCUGCCGCAGUGAGGAGGUUCGGCCUGCGGGCAUGGUGUGGUACAGCAUCCUCAAGGACACCAAAAUCACAUGCGAGGAGAAGAUGGUGUCCAUGGCCCGAAACACCUAUGGGGAAUCCAAGGGCCGGUGAGGGAGGGUACUACCCUCCGUGAGCACAGAGACUCUCCGAGGGAGAGCGGUACUCUCCUGGAUCCUGGGGCCUGGGUGGGCUAGGGGCAGCUGAGAAUGGGCCUGGGAGACGAAGCUUGCCAGCAAGGCCAAAGCAAACUGUUUCUCCUGUGGAUAAAGAGGACGGAGAACUUUAUAACCAAUGGAAUUAUUCUUUUUUUUCCUCUCUAUCUUUAUUUUUUUCUAAGAUAUUAUUUGACUCUUAUCAAAUGUCUCU